GGGCAUUUCUGUAAUUUCGACAGCAGCACACCGGCCACUGCUUCAUAAAUAUACGCACGCAUGUAGCACCUCAGGAUGCUCACUUUCUCGGAAGCUCACCAGAGCCAGCCAUACCCACAAACUCAGUAAAAGGGCAGAAAAAUAAGCCCUCCUCCAUUCAUUUUUUUCUGUUUUCUGUGGAAUCAUUGACUUGCGCAUGGAAGCUAAACUUAUAUCCGGCGGGACUCGGUUCACGACGUUGCCGAGAAGCUACGUGAGGCCGGAAUCCGAGCGUCCUCGCCUCUCCGAUGUGUCCGCCUUCGAGCAUGUCCCGAUCAUCGACUUAGGUUGCCAUGACAGAUCCCGAGUCAUUCGCCAAAUCGGCGAUGCUUGCAGACUUUACGGUUUCUUCCAGGUGAUUAACCAUGGAGUAUCGACGGAAGCGGUGGAGAGGAUGCAAGAGGUGGCGGCAGAGUUCUUCCGCCUGCCCGUGGAAGAGAAGAUGAAGCUUUAUUCGGAGGAUCCCACGAAGACGAUGAGACUGUCCACCAGUUUCAACGUGACGAAAGAGAAGGUCCACAACUGGAGAGACUAUCUCCGGCUCCAUUGUCACCCCCUUGACAAAUAUAUGGAAGACUGGCCCUCCAAUCCUCCCACUUUCAAGGAAUUCGUGAGCAACUACUGUCGACAAGUGCGAGGCCUCGGGUACAGACUCGAGGAGCUGAUCUCGGAGAGCCUCGGGUUGGAGAAGGACACCAUAAGGAACAUCCUCGGAGAACAAGGGCAACACAUGGCCGUCAAUUUCUACCCACCAUGCCCAGAGCCAGAGCUCACUUACGGUCUCCCAGGCCACACCGACCCAAAUGCACUCACCAUCCUACUCCAAGAUCUACAUGUCGCAGGCCUUCAGGUCCUCCAGGAUGGCAAGUGGGUCGCCAUCAACCCUCACCCUAAUGCCUUUGUCAUCAACAUCGGUGACCAGUUACAGGCACCGAGUAAUGGGAGGUACAAAAGUGUGUGGCACCGGGCCGUAGUGAACAUUGACAAGCCAAGAAUGUCGAUUGCGUCGUUCCUUUGCCCAAGCAACGACGCGAUGAUUAGCUCACCCGCAUCGCUCCUAGACGAUGGGCGUGGGCCCAAUUAUCGGGACUUCACAUAUGCAGAGUACUACAAGAAGUUCUGGAGCAGAAACUUGGAUCAAGAACACUGUCUUGAGAUCUUCAAGAAACAAGCCUAAAUGGCUUGAAUCCAUUUGUAACUCAAUCGGAACCUUUCUGUUGUUUAGUUUAGGUUUACAAUUAGCGUCGCAGUGCCCUAGAAUUCAAUUUCGGCGAUCUGUUCUGAAGCAUAUGUAAUAGCUCCGUGGAAGUUUUCUGCUUUGAACUUGCAAACGCACUUUCCGAGGCAUCGAUGAAUGAAACUUCCUAUAGGCACAGACCAUUCCCUAUUUUAUAUGAAAUUUUUACCCUA